AUGAGACGAAGUAAUUUAUUAAUGAUCAUCUUUUACUUUCUUCCUUUCUUUCCUCCUUUCUUUCUUUCUUUCUUUCUUUCUUUCUUUCUACGCAAAAAACAAAACAAAAAAAACUACACCUGUCGCAUUUCAUUCAUUUAUUCGUUCGUUUAUUCGUCUGCUAGUUUUUUCUUUCUUUCUUUCUUUCUUUCUUUCUUUCUUUCUUUCUUUCUUUCUUUUCCCUUUUGCGCUUUAUUCAUGGUCCACCCUUUACAAGGCCCGAGGGCCACUCGAGGUAGAGAGUUACGCUUGGAGGCCUAUCUAUCUAUCUAUCUAUCUAUCUAUCUAUCUAUCUAUCUAUCUAUCUAUCUAUCUAGUCCUUCCUUCCUGCCUUCCUAUCUAUCUAUCUAUCUAUCUAUCUAUCUAUCUAUCUAUCUAUCUAUCCUUCCUUCCUGCCUUCCUUUCUUCCUAUCUAUCUAUCUAUCUAUCUAUCUAUCUAUCUAUCUAUCUAUCGUAGUGUCAUUGUCUAGCUAUCUUAGUUUAUUAAUAUCUAUCUAUCUAUCUAUCUAUCUAUCUAUCUAUCUAUCUAUCUAUCUAUCUAUCUAUCUAUGUUUAAAUAUGUCUAUCUUAGUAUCUUCAUUAUCUAUUUAA